GACAUCUCAACCAGCUAUAUAGCCAGCCUACUUGUUUCUUUUGCGUACGCCAUGUAGCAAACACAUCUAACCUUGAAAUCCUCGUCAGUUGUUUGGGAAACUUUGUAUUUGUAAAGAGCCGUAUAAUUCAUUCAUAACAUUAAAGAAAAUCACACGCAGGCAGUCAUGGCCAGCAUCUCUUUUCGCAAGUUCAUUCGCUGGGUGCCAGAAGAAGCGAGCGAGCCAACUUCUACGCUGGUACUGACAUCUCCCGAGAAGAGAUUUGUGGACAUAAGAGUGCUGCUACCCGAUGGAAAAGACUCUUUGGCCAACAAUGAAGAAAUAUUGCCCUUGGCUCGCCUUGACUGGGCCAUGGCCGGAUUCUCCUCCUCCACCAUCCUCUCCGCCGGCCAUUCUCUUUCUCAAUGGAGACACUGGAUCGAUUCUCGCGCCGUGGAUGCGCCUCCUGACGAAGGCCACAUGUACGCCCAGCCAGACGGACUGAGCACUCUCGAAAAGGGCCAGAUGAUGAACCCCGCCACCGGAAAGGACACGGACUACGAAGAGAUGUGGUUUGAUCCGCCUCCCAAGAAGACGGGCGGGGAUAGAGCCGUGUGCGCGGUGCUCAUGAUGGAGGAUGAGAAGGCGGGGAAGAAGGGUAUGUUUGUGAGGCUUGGGGAGUGGGCACAGGUGUUUGUGAGGGAUGGGCCUGGCGAGGGGGAUCUUGUGGCGGAGAGAUGGGGGUGGAGGGAUGAUGAUGGGAAGGGGUGGAGGAGGAUUGUGAGGCUGGGAGAUGGCGAGAGGAAGCUGCCGUGUGAGGAGGUGUUGUUGGAUGAGAAGCUGAAGAGUGAAUAUCGGGUUGGGAAUGAGGUUUGGAAAGUGGUUGAGGAUGUAGAGGUGUGAUUGUACGGUAUGUUUAUAUAUAUAUAUAUAUAUAUAUAUAUAUCUGUUUAUAUAUACUUUAGAUAUCAUAGUAAUUAGUGAUCAGAUAAGCCUCCUAGAAAUAAGAACAAGAAUACAAUAACU